CGUGUCUGUAGACUCUUCAGCACCCCUGUAAGAGAGGAUCUGUUUGUCACAUUUCUCUUAAAAGUUGCAGCUUUAAAGUUAAGCAUUACUUACAAUUUGACUUCUUGUCUGCGAAAUAGUGAAAAGCCGAGGGAAAGUCAAAAAUCUUUAUUUUUGGCUUGUUUGUUUGUUUGCUUGUUUGUUUUUCUUAACUUUUUAAAGGAUUCCAGUUUGCCAGUACAAGCUGUGCGCCCUCACUGGCUGUCACUGCAGUCUUUGGGCACAGCACUUGGAUUUAGAAAGGAUUUUUACUCUCUCCUAAUUUUUUCUCUUUUUUAAUUGCAAAAAGCUGUUGUUCAAUUUUUUCGCAUGAAUCUCCUCGACCCUUACCUGAAGAUGACAGAAGAACAGGAGAAGUGUCACUCUGACGCUCCCAGUCCCAGUAUGUCUGAGGACUCCGCAGGCUCGCCGUGCCCGUCCGGGUCCGGUUCGGAUACCGAGAACACCCGACCGUCAGACAACCACCUCCUCAGGGGUCCGGACUACAAGAAGGAGGGCGAAGAAGAAAAGUUCCCCGUGUGUAUCAGAGAUGCAGUGUCCCAGGUAUUGAAAGGCUACGACUGGACGUUGGUGCCCAUGCCGGUGCGCGUCAACGGCUCAACUAAAAACAAACCUCAUGUCAAAAGACCCAUGAACGCCUUCAUGGUGUGGGCUCAGGCUGCACGGAGGAAGCUGGCUGAUCAAUACCCACAUCUGCACAACGCGGAACUCAGCAAAACACUGGGCAAACUUUGGAGAUUGCUCAAUGAAGUAGAAAAGCGUCCGUUUGUGGAAGAAGCAGAGCGUUUGAGAGUGCAGCAUAAGAAGGAUCACCCCGACUACAAAUAUCAGCCAAGGCGGAGAAAAUCUGUCAAGAGCGGGCAAAACGAGCCGGAGGACAGCGAGCAAACUCACAUCUCUCCAAAUGCGAUCUUCAAGGCGCUACAGCAGGCCGACUCUCCGGCGUCCAGUAUGGGCGAGGUGCACUCUCCAGUCGACCAUUCAGGUCAGUCCCAGGGUCCGCCAACACCCCCAACCACCCCCAAAACAGACCUCUCCUCCAGCAAAGCUGAUCUGAAGCGUGAGGGACGCCCCAUGCAGGAGGGCACCAGUCGCCAGCUUAACAUUGACUUCGGAGCUGUGGAUAUUGGUGAGCUGAGCAGCGAUGUCAUCUCCAACAUGGGGAGCUUUGAUGUGGAUGAGUUUGAUCAGUACCUGCCACCUCACAGCCAUGCUGGGGUGACUGGCACAGUUCAGACAGGCUAUACCAACAGCUACAACAUCAGCAGCCCUUCAGUCGUCCAGGCAGCCAAUGCUGGAGCCCACACCUGGAUGUCCAAGCAGCAGCAGCAGCAGCAGCAGCAGCACUCUCUGACCACCCUGGGUGGAGGAGGAGAGCAAGGCCAGCAGGGUCAACAGAGAACCGCCCAGAUCAAGACAGAACAGCUAAGUCCCAGCCACUUCAGCGAACAACAGGGCUCCCCCCAGCAUGUCACCUAUGGGUCCUUCAACCUGCAGCACUACAGCACCUCCUCUUACCCCUCCAUCACAAGAGCACAGUAUGACUACUCAGACCACCAAGGUGGUGCCAACUCCUACUACAGCCAUGCAGCUGGCCAAGGCUCCGGCCUCUAUUCAACCUUCAGCUACAUGAACCCAAACCAGAGGCCAAUGUACACCCCAAUCGCCGACACCACCGGAGUGCCCUCUGUGCCCCAGACCCACAGUCCACAGCACUGGGAACAGCAGCCCAUUUACACACAGCUGUCCAGGCCAUGAAGAGGCAGGCUCAGCGCUGACUGUACAACACCCACCCUAUUCAUAAACUUCUUUCUGCCAGCUGGGUUUUACCCCACCGUGCCAUACACCCUCCGUUGCCAGCAGAAAAAACAUGACAAAAGACUUUUUUAUAGUACUGAAAAUAUAUCUCUGGAUUGGCUCACAACAGUGCCUUUUGUAUUUGUUGGAAUUGUGAUUAUAUUUUUUUAGAUAUGGUUUUAAAAAAUCCUCUGUGAGGACAUACUGGUUAAAUAUUUUAGUAUGUACUGUGUAUGUGUUCUGCUCUUGUCAUCAUCAUUAUAAUCAGUGUCAUC